CUGGGCAAGGAUUUCUUUUUUCUAAAAUCUCUUCAUGUGUUUACGAGGCUACGAAACGUUUAUUGAGACAUUCCAAUUUUAUCAACUGCAUCCUGUUUUCUUUCUAAGCGCAUGCCAAUGUGUUAUCGCAAAGUAGUGAUUAUGUGUCGUAUAGAGAUCCUGAGCAGGCAUGGUUGCCGGGUGCCACGUCAAAGAUGCAGCAGGGAAAUUUUUAAAUACCUCCGGUCUAAAUUUGGACUCGCUGACCGAACCGUUGCCGCCAACGUCUUAGCGCGUCGACAAUUGCCCGAAUCGGGUAUACCACAUAAUACUUGUAAUUCACACCCAACACUUCACACAAAGCUUGGUUUUGCAUCAAAGUACACAGACGUCAAUCCACAAAAUCCUCUGCUCGAGCGUUUUCAGCUAUUACCUUGACUCAUAUUCACAAGACUAUGCCCUGUUUCCCUGAAUGUUGUCCUUUGGUGGAUGCAGUCAUCUUACAGUGGUUGUUAGGCUCUGGAUCUACCACAGUGCGAGGACUACCCACAAGCGCCGUUUGUGCCACUACGCCGCUAUGGUGCGUAGCGUUUCGAUCACGUUGU